AAUUGCUUCUCUAACAACGUAUCUUGAUAUAAUUCAGUACCAGUAGGCUCUAAGUCCUCAGUUUUAAAAUAUGUUCUCAAACCCUCACAUUCUUCUCCACUGCACUGACUCUACAUCCAGGUGACCAUGGAAAAUGUAUCAGCAGUGACAUCCUUCAUAUUGUCGGCAUACUUUGAACUGCAAGAUCAUAUUUACUUAUACUCCUUGUCUUUCCUUCUUGCAUAUAUUUUCAUAUUGUUGAGCAAUUCAGUUCUAAUUUUGGCAAUAUACUUUGAGAGAAGCCUGCAUGAGCCGAUGUACUUGUUAAUAUGUAAUUUAUCAGUUAAUGGAGUGUACGGUGGUACAUCUUUAUUACCAUCUAUGCUUGGCCAUUUGAUGUCUCAUAAUUAUGAAGUAUCUCUGACCCGUUGUGUGUUACAGCUAUAUUGUUUACACUCAUAUGCUACAAUUGAAUUGACUAUUUUAGCAGUGAUGAGCUAUGACCGGUAUGUUGCUAUUAGUCAUCCUUUACACUAUCACCUCCUCAUGUCCCCUAGAAAGGUUUCUGCAGCCAUUACAUUAGUCUGGUUGGCUCCCUUAAUCUACACCAUGUUUUUUACUGUAUUUGCUGCACAGCACACAUUUUGUGGCAGGAUCAUUGAAAAAGUAUUUUGUACCAAUUUUCAUUUAGUUAAACUGUCUUGUUUUGAUACAACUAUUCAGAGCUUUGUUGGCCUAGCACUUCUAUUAGUUUCACCUUGUUCUCAGUUUGUCAUGAUACUGUUUUCCUAUGUGCAGAUACUCAGAAUUUGCCUGUCUGCUUCAAAGGAAUCUCAAAUCAAAGCUAUUCAAACGUGCACCCCACACUUACUGGCCUUGGUGAACUUUGUAGUGGGAGGCUUAUUUGAAAUAAUCCAGAGUCGUUUCAACAUGAGUCAUGUUCCACACAAAGCUCGUGUGUUCAUGAGCCUUUACAUUCUGAUAUUUCCCCCAUUGUUCAAUCCUGUAGUUUACGGAAUUAGCAUUCAAUCGAUAAGAGUUCAGAUUUUAAAACUGUUCAGUGGUAAGAAAAGAAAGUGAACACUUGUAAAGGUCUUCUUCUUUUUUUGUCUUACUUUUAACUGUUUUGAUCUGUCUCUUAAUGCCUGUGUGUGUGUGUGUGUGUGUGUGUGUGAGAGUGAAUGCAUUCGUGUGCAUAUCUCAGAGUGAUAAUGACUCUUGUAAUAUUAAUUCAGGAAAUUCCUCCCUUUUUGGGCUUCCCUUGCAUGUUUUCCUUUUUAUUCAAUUUGUGUAUGUGUAAAUUGUCUUUUUGGCUUUUAAAAAUGUGCUAAAUAAAGAAUAAAGAA